AUGUCCUACUACGACGUAGAUGCGAUCCUCACAGAGGCAGAAAAAGUCCCCUGCAAAUUCGAGCUCGACAUCCCCGACCUCGGCCACCUCGACAACAACCCCACCCAGCCCCUCAAAGCCGGCACCACCCUCUCCCUGCCCCUCUGGCUCGCCGAGAUGCUCGCCAUCUCCUCCGCCGGCGAGGACGCCAAGCCCCCGCCGACCCCGCUCCGUCGCCCUCCGCGACCAGAGCGCCCACUUUACGGCCUCGGCACGCGCAUGCUCGACUUGUUCGAGGACAAGGACCUCGCGUCCGUCCUGCGCAAGACGUUUGUGGCGCGCGCUGCCGAGGUCGGGCUGCACGCGAGCAAGGUGGGCGACGAUAUGCCGGUGGCGGCUUCGGGCGAGGAGUUUCUGCGGGGCUUGGAUGAGUGGGAGAGGGGUUUGUUCAGGAAGGCGCAUGAGGGCGUCAAGGGGACGAAGGAGUGGAUGGAGAAUGUGAAGAAGGGCUGA